AUGAGCGUGCUAGCUUGGAACUGUCGGGGUUUGGGGUCGACUCUGGCAGUGCGAUUGCUCACCGAGGAAGUGAGAUCAAAGAACCCCACCUUGGUGUUUCUAGUUGGAACUAAGGCUCAACUUAACCGAAUUAAGGAGCUGCAGCAGAAACUAGAAUUAACCCAAGGUAUUGUGGUGCCUAGUGAUGGCCAGAGUGGCGGCCUAGUUCUAUUAUGGAAAGAAGGUACGGUGGUGCAUUUUAAAAGCUGCUCCUAUACCCAUAUUGACGUGGUGGUGAUGGAGGACGAUGGUGGAGGAUCGUGGCGAGCGAUGGGCUUCUAUGGACAUCCUGACACAGGUAUGCGUUCUAGCUCUUGGGAUUUAUUAAAAAUUCUCCAUUCUCAAUAUGUAUUACCAUGGGUGGUUUUUGGAGAUUUCAAUGAAAUCCUCCAUGUGGAUGAAAAGCUAGGAUGGAAAGAAAGGGAUUCAAACCAGAUGAAAGCAUUUAGGGAAUCUCUGAAUGUGUGUGGGUUGUUUGAUUUGGGUUUCAUUGGGCAAAGAUACACAUGGUGCAAUUGGAGAUUUGGUGACCAACGCACCCUCCUUAGGCUUGAUAGAAUGGUGGCAAAUGAUGGGUGGAGAGCUAAGUUCCUGGAAGCAAUGGUUUACCAUGUGUCUAUGGCAGCAUUGGAUCAUUGCUUGCUUGCUCUCAGUCUUAAGAAGAGCAAACCUCAAAGGAAGAGACAUAAGCGGUUCUUUUUUGAAGUUAUGUGGGCAAGGGAAGGAGGGUGCAAAGAAGUGAUUGAGUAG